CUUCUCAUCGGAGGCACCCAUCUCCGUUCCAGAGCCAUGAACAGGAAGCUCCAGUUGCUGGCUUGCCUGGCCGCGGUCGGCGUGGUGUCGGCGUUACCACGCCUAGUGAAGAGAGACUCGACGCCUUUCGCCUACGAAUUGCCUUCCAAUGCUUCGCUUGUCGUCGGCCCGAUAAACACCGGCUUCGACUGCUCCAGUCGCAAAUACGGCUAUUACGCCGAUCAAGCCAACGCCUGUCGGGUAUUCCACAUCUGCUACCCUUACUCUGAUCCCGUAGGACGUCUCAUCGUUAGGAUGUUCUCCUUCAUCUGCGGCGAAGGAUCCAUCUUUGAUCAGUCGUCCUUGACCUGCAAUUUCCCCGAGAAUUCUCUGCCCUGCGAAGCUGCAGCCACCUUGUAUAACAUCAACGAUUACUUCAACCGGGAGGACAUACAGUUCAGAGACGGUUUCAACAACAUCUUCUAAAAUGUCG